UGCGCGCCGGCGCUUGCGCGUCGACCCGGUGAGGAGGAGGAGGGGGCGGCGGCGGCGGCGGUUCGCUGUGUCACGGCGCGGCCUGAGGGGACGGCGGAGCGCGGCCGGCCAUGGAGUACCUCAUCGGCAUCCAGGGCCCCGACUACGUCCUGGUGGCCGCCGACACGGUGGCGGCCUCCAGCAUCGUCCAGAUGAAGCACGACCAUGACAAAAUGUUUAAGAUGAGUGAAAAGAUCUUACUCCUGUGUGUUGGGGAGGCUGGAGACACUGUACAGUUUGCAGAAUACAUCCAGAAAAAUGUUCAGCUCUACAAAAUGAGAAAUGGUUAUGAAUUGUCUCCUACUGCAGCUGCAAACUUUACACGACGAAACCUAGCUGACUAUCUUCGGAGUCGAACCCCUUACCAUGUCAACCUUCUCCUGGCUGGCUAUGAUGACCACGAAGGUCCUGCCCUUUAUUACAUGGAUUACCUUGCGGCUCUGGCUAAAGCUCCUUUUGCAGCACAUGGAUAUGGUGCAUUCCUUACCCUCAGCAUCCUUGACCGCUAUUACAAGCCAAGUAUCACACGUGAGGAAGCUGUGGAGCUCCUAAAAAAAUGUCUAGAGGAGCUUCAGAAACGCUUCAUCCUAAAUUUGACUUCUUUCAAUGCCCGGUUCAUUGACAAAGAUGGCAUCCAUGAAGUGGACAAUAUACCUCUUGCAAAAGCGAUGUCCUAACCCCUGAGAUCUUUCUUCAGCAGUCAUCUUUUUUGUUCACUUUUGGGUUUUUUCUAUUCAUUUGAAGCACACAAGUCAUGUACUGCACUGGGAGAUCGAAUAAAGAUUGACAUUUAUAUA